AUUCUGCAAAUCUGGGUGCAUUGCAUUGUGUGUCUCAUACUUUUCUUCAUGAUGAUGAGGUUGGUGUUAUCGUCCAUGAUCAAUUCUUCUACACUCCAUGAUAUAUCAUCGAAACAUGCCUUGAAAAUGAACAUAAUUCCCAAAACCUGCAUACUCAGUGGUUUUACUACCCGAAUACAAAAGAAACCCGCACCAAGCCUCCAUAAAAAUGUGUGCGAAAACAGUAUUCCCCUUGCAGAGAGGCUUCAAUCACCUACGUCAUCGUCCAGUAGACUCGUAACAUAAACACGCGCCUAGCAGCAGCUACAAGAACACAUCCAUCAAAUCAGCGAUACUACAAUUCCUUCUCUUACGAAAACCAUACCCCUAGAAUGAUACACGCAGGAUCCCACGCUACACGCCCUGCAUCCAAUCUUGCCUAAUCGAGCAUAACCACAACCGCAUCCAUCGAUGACGUACCGAACUCUACACCUACAACUACACCUCUCCUUCUCACCACACCACCGUGCAUUUCUCACCACCAGACCCGUGACAUUCCCACCCCCAUCCCCAUCCUCAUCCACCCCUUUCCCGUAUCUCCCAAAACCACAGCACCAGGCCCCCCACAAAUCACACACAUACAUUACUAUCACCGCUGCCAAAAUGAGCUGGAUGGAUUCGUGGUCGCGCCCCUCGAAAUCCCAAGCCACGCCUCCCCCUUUAUACCUCACAACUCCCGACGUGCCGUACUGCCGGAGCUGCGGGCGCGUCAUCUCGCAGCGCCGGACGCAGCAGCCGUCCAAGAAGACGCAGGAAAUCAAGUACUGCUCCGCGCGCUGCAGGAACACGAAACCAGGGCCUGUGGAUCGAAGGAUCGAGAGUGUUUUUACGGCGUUGUUAGAUGGUGCUACUGCGGAGUCUCUAAAAGGGAAAGAGGGAGAGGGAGGCGAUGGUGGUGCUGUGGAGGCGAGGAAAGCAGCAGGUACAGAAAGUAGCUCAGCAGUGCACCACAAAGGCAAAAAAGAUCACAAGAAAGCGAAGAAAGCUAUCAAAGGUGAUCCGAGGAUCAUCGUGGAAUGCAGGACGGUAGAAGAGAUAGUGUUCCAGCAUGAAAAGGAUCCAGAGAAAGUUUUUGGACGGCGCAAGAAUAGAGCGGCGAGGGGGGUAGUGGAGAGGCCGGAGGAUUGGCGCAGUGUCGAUAUGGUUGAUGAUCCCGCAUCGCCAUCAGCAAGUCGCCAACAUGUUGCGAGGGACUCUUUACAUUCGGUGUCGGCGGACGAUGCGAAUGGACGGUCUGGCUCUACUUCGUCUGAGCUGGACGAAGAAGAGGAGGGGUCAGGUGGUGUCUCGUUGAACGCGGCUUCUUCCGAAGGUGCUCAGCUUGACAAAGCUACUUCGGCCGCCUCCGAGGAUGUGGUUCCCCUCUACGGAUACGGCGGUGGUAAAAUCCGACCCCCGCAGUCGCAAUCUAGUAUCAACGGCAGCAUCGGCGGCGAAAAGGGCUGGGCUGAGCGCAUUGAGGAGACGGACGAGAUGAAGGCGAAGCGACGCGAGGGACAGCGCAGAGCAGACGAGCGAGAGAUGGUCCGACGGGCGGCGAGGAGGUUAGUCGCGUUUGGGAGUGCUGCAGCUGAUGGAGAGGGUGAGGAGAGGAGAAAGUGCGAAGCUGUGAUGAAGGGGGUGGUGGUCGAGGCGAGCUUCGCCAAGGGAGAAUGGGGCAUUCGGUGGAGGGAGAAGGUUUAGAAAAUAUGAGUGCUUGUUCAUUGACAUGGCAGAUGAUCGCCGCAUGAAGACAGAACUCGGACCAGCUCGCCUUGUGCGCUGGAUCUGUUUAAACAAUACAUUUAUUCAAUGGUUCACUGGGAGUGGGCGGUCGGUAUCUUAUCGAAGAGAUGAAAUUGUGAACAGAAGACGAACCCUCCGCACACUGGCAUUUGAGUGACAAUCCGCGUAUGAGUAAUGCAUGAUGAUCAUGAACCAAAACGAUCAUAUAUGUAGGUAAAGGAACAUAGCAUGUCCCAUACCAUAUAGUAGAACUCCUAUCAGUACAGCCGGACGACCUCCUACUUCACCCUCUCGAGUGAUAAAAAGACAGCACCAGCUCAAGACCCAAUAGAUAGAGGUGGAAAGAUGUGUUCCCAUUUGAAGAGUGACUGGUCACUCCAGCGCGUGUUCCUACCAACCACACACGUGUGCAUGAACGCCAGCUUUUCGUGAAAGCCAGGGCGUAAUCAUCGACGCUCGUCCUUCAUUCCUUUGCACCCUUUGUACCCUCCCAUACAGUCGUGGGCAUGAGGAUCUGUACCAAAAUACAUGUGACCCUAACCCUAACCAUAACCC